AUGAUCUGGGGUGGCAGCCUGGUUGGAUCUUUUCGCCACCACGAUAACAUACCCUGGGACGAUGACCUUGAUGUCGCUGUUGAUUUCAAGGUCAGGCAGACGCUGUGGAACAAGAUGUCUAAGCUCGCACCCGAAAUUAUCAUUGGUCAAGCUAAACUCAGGGACAAGAUCUACGCAAAAUUGAUUGAACCCAAAAAUACCUCGCGGGAUGUCGAAGGUAGCCGCAAACUGAGUCACUAUGCCUGGGGUUGGCCUUCAAUUGAUAUUGGUUACUACACCACCAAUGCAACCCAUAUGCAAGAAAUUGCCUUAUACGGUGAUGUGCGUCAGACUUGUGCCAUGUCCGAUGUUUUUCCUCUGAUAUUCCGGCCAUUCCACAAGCACUGGGUCCCAGCGCCAAGAAACACCUUUGCGGCUAUUAUGCAGCCGAAAAUUGGCAAGGUCGACUGCCCCGUAUCCGGAUGGUCUCACCCAUUUGAGGGGCCCAGGCAGGGCCAUUUAAUACCGUGCAGCAAACUGGCGCAGCGGUAUGCCUUCGUUGAGCACAGCCCUCUUCUCUACAACAACAGCGACCAGGGCAGUCUGUCAGACUUGGUUUGGGUCCGCGAGAGGCUUAUUCUUGAUAACCAGAGCAUUCACGAAAUACACCUUGUAGCACCCCGACAUGUGGCACAUGUAGAAACCUACAGGAUGCGUGUGGUGACGCCCUAG